AUGGGCUUACUCCCUAAGGGAGUCAAGAACUUCACUUUGGAUAAUUCUGGUAAAUUUGAGGUGCACUUGGAUCAAGCUUGCAAUGCUAAAUUUGAAAACGAAUUGCACUACGAAACAAAUGUUUCCGGUACUUUGAGCUACGGCCAGAUCGGUGAGCUGGCUGGAAUUUCAGCACAGGAUUUGUUCUUGUGGUUUCCCGUUAAGGAAAUCAGGGUGGAUAUACCUAGCUCCGGGUUGAUUUAUUUUGAUGUUGGGGUGGUUUCUAAGCAGUUUUCUUUGUCCUCGUUUGAGACACCGAGGGAUUGUACUGCUGUUCAGCUCACGGAUCAGAUUCAAGAUGGGAAGCACAUAUUAGAGGCUGUUUCAAAGAGUCUCUUGGGGAAGCUCCGGUAUCAGCUUGAUCAGGGAGAUUUUGUAAGGACUGUUCUGUAG